AUCCUGUCCCCCACCCUGCUGGGCUCUUUUACACCUUUGUACAGCAAAGUUAUUUAGAAUCGUUAGCUAUGUUGACAAGUCUGAAGUUCACUGAAGAUAACAGUUAAGCUCAUUUUGACUUCCGCUCCAGAUCAGAAUCUCAUUCAAGAGCAUAAAUGUUUUAGUUUGAAUAUGUGCCUUUAAAAAAGCAUGAACAGUCAAAUGCUGCUGCUUCUUUUUAAUCAAACUCAACAGGAGGGUUCAUCAGCUCCUUCAGCUGCUCUUGAAGAGAAGGGGAGGGAAAGGGCUGUUUUCAUGGAAUGAGAAAUAAAUCACAAGAUAGUGGGAUUGCAGAGAUGGAGGAGCUUCCUGUUCCACACAACAUCAAGAUCAGCAACAUCACCUGCGAUUCCUUCAAGAUUUCGUGGGACAUGGAUUCCAAGUCCAAGGAACGCAUCACUCACUACUUCAUUGACCUAAAUAAGAAAGAGAAUAAGAAUUCCAACAAAUUUAAGCACAAGGAUGUUCCCACAAAACUAGUGGCAAAGGCUGUCCCCCUGCCUAUGACUGUCCGUGGACAUUGGUUCCUGAGCCCAAGAACCGAGUACACAGUUGCUGUACAGACUGCGUCGAAGCAAGUUGAUGGCGAUUACAUGGUUUCAGAAUGGAGCGAAAUCAUAGAGUUUUGUACAGCAGAUUAUUCAAAGGUUCACUUAACACAGCUUUUGGAAAAAGCGGAGGUGAUUGCAGGACGCAUGCUUAAGUUUUCGGUCUUUUAUCGGAAUCAGCACAAAGAAUAUUUUGACUAUAUCAGAGAGCAGCACGGGAGUGCUCUACAGCCUUCGGUCAAGGAUAACAGUGGGAGCCAUGGCUCUCCCAUCAGCGGGAAGCUGGAGGGAAUCUUUUUUAGCUGCAACACUGAAUUCAACACUGGAAAGCCUCCGCAGGACUCACCUUAUGGAAGAUACAGGUUUGAGAUUGCGGCAGAAAAACUUUUCAACCCAAAUACUAACUUGUACUUUGGGGACUUUUAUUGCAUGUACACGGCCUACCACUAUGUCAUCCUCGUCCUUGCACCCGUCGGAUCGCCUGGAGACGAAUUCUGUAAGCAGCGCCUCCCUCAGCUGAACUUGCAGGAUAACAAAUUUCUGACCUGCACUGAAGAAGACGGGGUCAUGAUUUACCACCAUGCACAGGAUGUAAUCUUGGAAGUGAUUUACACUGAUCCUGUGGAUCUCUCCCUUGGCACAGUUGCAGAAAUUACCGGGCAUCAGCUAAUGAGCUCAUCGACUACCAAUGCGAAGAAAGAUCCCAGCUGCAAGACGUGUAACAUCAGCGUUGGACGUUAAUUCCAAUCCUUCCCCCUCUUCCUUAGGAGCCUUCUCUGUUGCCUAUUUCCAUCGUCAGCCGUUCUCAUCAGACGCAUGCAUAAUGCCGUUCUUACCAAAAGAAAACACCAGUGUUCGAAACUCUUCAAUAGUCUUCUCCGAGCAGAACUACACGUUACAGCUAUCACAGGGCAGCUGCCAAAAAUGGUACCUUGCAUCACAUUUUUCCUUUCUCCCCGGUAAUGUUUUGGGGUAGACACACUUACCCAUGUUGCUGUGAUGUCCUCAUCUUUGUGUUUUCCCCCUAUCCCUGUAAUUAGCUGGUGGCGGUGGGGAACAUAUGACAUGGUGGCGUUACAGUACAGGUAAGUAUGCCCAAAUGUUACAGGGGAGUGAGAAGGACAGCUUAACAUGGGCACAAUGUUCUCACCUGCAACAGCAGCCCUGUAUCGAGCAUAGCAUGUAGUUCUGUCAUUAGUAUUUCUUCCCACUUUCCUUCCUGGUCCACCAGUGCUUUUCAACUGUUAGAAAUCUUUGGUUUUUCUUUCUAGCGUCCAUUUAUAUAUCUAGAUGCUGCAAUUGGUGUUAAAUUUUCUUUUUCCCCCUUCUCUUCAUAUUGCCAAAUGUAACAAAUCUAUAUAAACAAGCUUUAGCAAAAUAAAUAAAAAAAAAUUACUGGCUUCUAAAUGGUGUUAAAUAUGCAUUCAUUUUAAUCUACUGAACAACUUAACUGGGAUAUCUCCAAACAGCAUGAAAGGGUGUAAUUGCAGCAUGAUUUAACUCUCGCAGCCUAGAAAAAUGUCAGCACUUCCAAUGUGUUGUUUGACAGUGUUAUUUAUGUUAUUUAUAUUAGCUAACAAACAAACAGACAAACUGUGUUUCAACAUAAUAAAUAGAAAAAUAUUUUAUUUGUACUGUUGUAUAAAAUAUUAUACAAUCAUAUAGAAUAUAUAGAUUACAUUUUAAUAGCAACUGUAUACAUAUGUCAUGAAACCAUUUUCCCUUAUCAAAGAUGUAGUUUGUAAACUUCAAAUACUUGUGUAUCUGUUCCUGUUGCUCUUACAUGACUUUUAAUUAAAACAGAUUUAUG